CGGGAGGUCGUCGCUGAACCCGCCCAGCUUUUGGAGGCGGAGAAGCGAGGGGGGGAAAGGAGGAUGCCGCGGCUGCCCGGAGCCUUCUUGAGGCGGCGCUGUGACUGACUCGCCCUCCUGUCUGUUUUCCCCUAUCCCGAGACCGCCGCAGGAGGAGGAAAGGAGAACAGGGAGCGGCCGCUGAGGAGAGAGGCGUUGAGCGCGGGGAAGGCUGAGGCAGAGACUCCAUGAGCGGCGCUUGCCUCUCCUCAGGGCAGCGCCGCCCUUGCUCUCCCCAGCCCCGGUAGCGCGGACGGUGCCGCCGGGCCCCGGGCGCUGAGGGGGGCGGCAUGUCGUCUCCGACGUGGCUGAGCUGCCGCCUGGCGCUGCGCUUGGGCUCCGGGUGGCCGGGCGGCUCCUCCUCCUCCUCCUGCUUCUCCGCGCUGGCUUCCCGACUGUGCCUCCAGACGCCGCCGACGACGCGGAGGCCCCUCGGCAGCUGCUGCUGCCUCCUUCGCCGCCGCUGCCUCAGCACCUUCCGACGCGGCCCCAGCCCCGAAGACAGACCCCGGCUCCUGCCUUCCUCCUCGCCCUCCUCCUCCUCGGGCUUGCCCCGGUGGCUGGGCACCCACCCCAAGAAGGAGCCCAUGGAGGCGCUCAACACGGCGCAGGGAGCCCGGGACUUCAUCUACAGCCUUCACUCCACCGAGCGCAGCUGCCUGCUGAGGGAGCUGCACCGCUUCGAGUCCAUCGCCAUCGCCCAAGCAUCCAGAUUUCCUAAACCACUGGUACCAUUUGAGAUGCCAAUGAAGCAGGUAGCACCACCAGAGCCAACUAGUACCUGGGAGAAAUUGGAGGUUGCACCACCAUCUACUGGACAGCUGAAACAUGUGUUCUUCCACAAUGCAGUACCUUUUGUAGGAUUUGGAUUUUUUGAUAAUGCAAUCAUGAUUGCUGCGGGCACACAAAUAGAACUAUCAAUAGGAAUUGUGUUUGGAAUUUCUACUAUGGCAGCUGCUGCCUUGGGAAAUCUGGUCUCGGACUUAGCUGGAUUGGGACUUGCAGGUUAUGUUGAAGCUGUGGCCUCCAGGUUGGGCCUCUCCAUUCCUGAAUUAACACCCAAACAAGCUGACAUGUGGCAAACACGUCUUAGUGCACAUUUUGGUAAGGCUAUUGGAGUGACCAUUGGCUGCCUUUUAGGAAUGUUUCCAUUGUUCUUCUUGGAAGAUAAAGAAGAAAAAAAACUGGAAGGACAAAAAUAAUCUUUUUACAAUGCUUAAUAUAAAUAUAUAUAUAUACAUAUAAACUAAUGUACCUCAGUUAUACAACUAUGCUGUCGAAAUAUUUAGGAUUUAGCAGGCAGUAAUAAUGUAUAGAAUGGGGAACAAAACAGCAUGCUCUUUUAUGGAAACACUAACUUAUUGUGGCUUUGUCUUAGUACAUCUUUUUAUAAGGGGUUUUCCUUUUUUAAAUGUAAAGUGUUGACGUGUGUGUUUCACUUACACUGGCAGUUGACUUUACUUCCCCUCCCCUUCUUUGCCUGUAUCCUUGACCAGGAUUACUAUUUUUAAUUGCCUGCCAUCAGUGUACUGUAUGGGUCUUGGUUUUGCAUAUUUACUUAGCAUAUGAAAAUGCAUGACACAAGUUGCCCUUGCUGCUCAUCAGACCCUUCAGUCCAGACUUUUAGUAAAGCUAGGUGACAGGUGGCUUUAGGAGAUAUCAUGUCUUGGCUCACUUGUGGCUUUUAUUUGUCCUGAAUCACUAGUUGCACACUAUGUGCCUGAAACAAGAACUUGAAAAUAGUGUCUGAUAGAGAUUUGUUGAACCAGUGAAGCAAUUACAGUGACUGUGUGAAGCCACUUCUAGGUUGGUUACAUUUUCAGGUGCUGCCUCAGUCUCAAAAUUCCGUAGACUCUGUUCAGAAUGUGUCCCUAUUUAGGGUUGCGUAGAUCUGGGGAGUCAUAAAAGUUGGGAUCUCAGUAGCUCACUGCAGUGCAAUUAGACUAUAAUGAGAAAAAAAAGUUGGUAGUGGUUGCCCAGUGGCUGGAUUUGGAAAGCUGUGCAAAACAUCUUGCCUCUUUGGAAAAUCAUGUCAGUCUCCUUACUUGGCUUUUCAGUCCUGAGCCCUGUCACCCAGUUUUGUGUUGUGUGUUUUGCAACAGUAUUUUUGAAAGUCAGGCUUAGUUCCAUUUGGCAUGUAUGUGCUGCUAUCAUUCCUUGCCUCCCCGCUCUUGCCAAAAAGAAGAAACACACAAACGUAAUUUCAAUCUGUCUGAACUUCAUUCCUGAAUUCAAGGCAUUUGGGAAACCCGCAACAAGAUAAAGGUUCUGUUAGUUGCUGAAAAGCAAUAUGGUCUUAUACAAUACUGUGUUCACUUGAUGAGCAGAGGCAGAGAAAAAGCAGCAUAGAGUGCAAGUGACCAAGGGAAUGGUGUUAAGAUAAGUCUAGGAGAGUCUAGGAUGAGAAUAAAGUAAGGUUGGAUAUUGAAAGGAUGUUGUCUUUUAAUUUGUGUUGCCUUCAGUGUGAAACAGAUUUCAGUGUGCCACUUCUGCUUUAGGAAUUCAAAAGUAAUAGUUUUAGUGUCCUUGUCUCUUUGAAUACUAACUGGGUAGGAAUGCUAAUCUGGAUGUGUCUCAAAUGCCUUUUGAUUGUCUAAAUUUGACUUGAUCUGGAUGAAUGGAUCUUCUGUUCAGAAUGUAACUUACAGAAAUAAAGAAGUUUACUUUUAUUAGAAGUAUAUAAGGGAUUUCUUUCCAUUUUGCUUCAUUGAUUUUCUGGUCCUGCUUUGUGUGUGAUAUCUGAAGUGGAAACUAUUAAUCUUUUCCAUGUUAGAAAUGACGAAUUUAUAACUUGAGCUAUAGCACUGAAUAUCCAACUUCCUAAAAUAGAACAAAUAGCACAAUUAAGAAUGAAUGUCUAACUGUAGAAAAACAGUGAGACCUUGUACCACCAUUUUAUAACUUUUUUCAUUUUGGUAUCCUAGAUUUUGUUUUUCCUACAGACAGGCAUUACAUUAUGGAGCCAUAGCUUGUUUGUAGCUGUAAGAUGUGGAAGAGAGGCUGCCAGGAACAUGGAUUUGCAACCCUAUUCCUAUAUCUUUGGGAAUUGACAUGUUCAAGCUGCAAUCUCAAGGAUGCAUACAUAGAAACAUAGAAUCAUAGAAACGCAGAGUUGGAAGGGGCCUACAAGGCCAUCAAGUCCAACCCCCUGCUCAGUGCUGGAAUCCACCCUAAAGCAUCCCUGACAGGUGGUUGUCCAGCUGCCUCUUGAAUGCCUCUAGUGUGGGAAAGCCCACAAAUCACAUUGAAAUCAGUGAGACUUACUUCUGAGUAAGCAUAGUAAGGAUUGAGCACAUAAUUUUAAUUGUGAACUGCCCAGAGAGCCUCGGCUAUUGGGCAGUAUAAAAAUAUAAUAAUAAAUAAAUAAAUAAUUCAGUAAGACUGUUCUAGAGUAGCUAGCUUUGGAAUCUGACUUUCAUCCCUGUAUCACAGGUUGUCAACUGAUAAUGAAAAAGCUGCUUGGCUUGCUCUUGUGUCUUUAACAGAAACUUGAUCUGCAGAAAUCAGUAGGUGAAACUUUCCAUUGCAUGCAGAUACAUUACCACCUGCUAAUGUGGUGCUUACCUUUUUAAAGCCCUGUAUAACUUGAAACCCAACAACUGAAGGACUUUCAUCUUCCACAUGUAUCUGCCUGUACAUUAAAUAGUCUUCCAAAGCCCUUUUCCAGCUGCUUCUGCCUUCAGAAGUUAGGUAAGGGGAUGCUGUAGAAAGGGCCUCUUGGGUUGUGACAAUCCACCUUUGAAAUGUCCUCUCAACAAAGCUCCCCUGGUGUUUACAGUUUGGUCUUUCAAAUGCCACACCUUUGUAUUUUAUUAGAUCUUUUACUUUCUUGUUGGUUAUAGUUGCAGCUAUUUGUGUUUUACUGUUGUAAACUGAUUUGAUAGUUUUAUCUUUUUCUUUUAGAUUUUUAGCUGCCCUGAGAAUAUUCAUACUUAAUAGUGGGGUUAAAACAUAUCCAAAAUGGCCUGCACAUCAUGCUUAUGUUAAAGGUACAGCUAUAGAGGUUAGUUGAAAAGUUGGCAACCCAAGCAAAAGCUGUCUACAAAUUACCACAUAGCAGUAUUUCUAAAUGUACUUAAGGAUUAAUGAAUAUAAUAAAGAGAUCUGCACUCUUAUCUUGCCAUUCCAAACUAAAUACACGUCUUGAGAGACCUAAAUUCCUUGCUUAGUUGUAAAAUAAUGUGCUCUAUCUUCUGCUGUCCUCUAACAGUUUGAACUUUCUGCUUAAAUCAUGAUUUUAAUAAGAGAAUGGCCAUCCUCUAUAAUGACUACUCUCUUAUUAUAUUAUACCUUCUAGGUGAAUGGAACUCUGCUGAUAUGCUGAUAACCUAGAUGUGGCUUGGCUUUCAGGGUCAGACUAGUUGUUUGGCAGCAGACCUCAGCAUAAAUAAGAAUCCCAAGCACCUAAAAAGGGAUGAAUGGGAGGCCAUGGUCUGGAAGGAGAAGCUGGAAUCCUUAAACUACCCCCUGGCCUGCCCCAGUGCUUCUCCCAUUCAACACUGCCUUUCUCCAGGAAGAGUUCCCACACACAUGCUUACAACAUAUGGGAAGAGCAGGGAGAUGACAGCUCAAUGAAUCCCCAGAUUCAGUGUCAAGCGGUAAAGAUAUGGGGCUUGCUGGAAUUGAUCCUAUAUGGUUUCAAACAGUUGCGUAUUGGGUAUUGAAUGUUGAGCAUACAUUUAAUAGUUCUGGCUUCAACUCCUAUUGAAGUAACUUGCUGAGUGUUCUAAAAUACAAAAAGUGCUUAUGGUUCCCCCGCCCUCCAUGUCUUCCUGAUAUAUAUGGUAUUUGUGUGGUGAUAAAACAUCCAGGCAGUAAUCAACUGUGUGUCACUUGACCUGGCAGGCUGACUGGAGCACCUAAAUUUUUAUCCCAUACUUUUUGUUGAAGGGGGAACCAAAACAAAAACCAAAUGUCAGCUGUUGCAAUAGUCUGCAUUUUUGAAUUCUAUCAAGUUCAGUUAGUACUGUUUAUUGGUUUGUGCAUGUAAAAUUAAGUGCAUUUUCUUGAUACUGUACGACAAAUUAUUGUACUGCAACCAAUAUUUUUAACAAAAAUAUGAACUAAAUCUUACAAAAAUGUG